AUGUCUUUGCCAGCUUACUACAUCGUGACGGGCGGUACGUCCGGCAUCGGCCUUGAGGCGGCCAAGGCGAUUGCGUCAGCCAAGCCAAACGCCAAGGUCAUCAUCACUGGGCGGUCCCAGCCGCCCGAGCAACUCCCGGCAAACAUCGAGCUGCGCCAAUUUGACCUUGGAAACCUGUCCGAGAUCAAUGCCUUCGUCGACGGUUGGGACCACCCCGUCUCGGCGCUCCUCCUGAAUGCCGGGUUGGCGGCGAGUGGCUCGCCAACCUUCAUCGACGGGGUGGAGCGCACCUUUGCCGUCAACCAUCUGGGCGGAGCAGCACUCUUCUUCGGACUGUACGACAAGGGUUUGAUCCCUAUCGACGCCCGCAUCAUCCUCACCAGCAGCGGAAUGCAUAACCCCGAAAUGAUCGGCAGUCCCGCCAAGCCGCACUGGACGAAUGCUGCUGACGUCGCCUCGGCCAAGGAGAAAGAGGCGCAGAACCCCCAGAAUCAGUACAGCAACACCAAACUGGCCAACGUGCUCUGGUCCUAUGCCCUGUCGCGGCAUUCCGAGGACAAGGGCAAAGAGUGGACGGUGGCCGCGCUCGAUCCCGGAUUCGUGCCCGCCGGCGGGUCCAAGAUAUUCCGCGAGAGCGGUGUUAUCAUGGGCGCAGCGUUGGUCGUCAUGAGCUACGUGCCCGGCCUCGUUUCUAUGUUGUCGGGUAUCACUACGUCUACUUCGGAGCGUAGUGGUAAGGCUCUGGCCGACCUGGCUCUGAGCCCAGGACACAAGGGCGAGAGGAUGGCGUAUUACAAGGUCGAAAACAAGAUCGAGAGCAGCAAGCAGAGCUACGACGUUGGGCUCCAGGACGACUUGUGGGACUGGACCAUCCAGAAACUCGGAGUCAAGACCGACUUGUAA